AUGCCUCACUUGUACCAAUUCAAUUACACCUCUAAAGCGGUAAGAAAACCUCACUUGAAGUUAUUAGAAAGAGGUACCAGCAGUGUGAACAGUGGUUUCAACUGCAAAAUUAAUACUCAGAUGCCGCAAUUAUUUAAAGUCUUUUCCUUACUGAGAAAGAAGAUUCAGAAAUUCAUUAGCUUUCCUAAAAGGGUAAUAACACGAAACGGCAAGAACGAGAAGGACCAACCUGAGCUAGUAAGUCUGUCACGUGAUAAUUAUGACGAUUGCAUACCUUUAUGUUGUGGGAACCCUCAGUAUAGGAUAAUUGGUAACGCCAUUAACUACAAGGCUGAUUGUUACAAGUGA